AAGGGGGGAAUGGGAAGGAGGAGGGGGCGAGGAGGAGGCGGCACGGGUGCUGUUUCUCCAGUCUCUUUCCUCUGUCUUUGUCUCACACACUCUUUUGUUAGCCAUGCCUAGCCUGCUGGUUCUAGCAGGGAUCAUGGAGAAAAACGGGGGCUACGGCGGGGAUCUGGCCGGCUCCGGCUUCGGCAGCGAGGGUCUCCUCGUGCCGCCCGACGAGGAGGAAGACGACUCCCGUGCCCUCAGGGUCGCGCUGGGCCAGCUGUCGCUGCUUGGGCUCGGGGAGGGCGAGGACGGCGGCGGAGCCCCGACCACGGGAGUGCAGGACCGGAGCAACAAUAACAACAACCACCACAACCACCACCACCACCACGCGAACAGCGGCGGGGACGCGGCGAUCCUGCAGGGCAAGAGCAAGUUGUGCGCGCUGUACGAGAGCUCCUCGAGCGAGACGAAGGGACGAGGCUGCAACAUAACAGAAUGCGUCCCAGUGCCCAGCUCCGAACAUGUGGCCGAGAUAGUGGGGAGACAAGGUUGCAAGAUCAAAGCCCUGCGGGCCAAGACCAACACCUACAUCAAAACCCCCGUUAGAGGAGAGGAGCCUGUUUUCCUGAUCACUGGCCGGAAAGAGGAUGUUGCACUGGCCCGCCGUGAAAUCAUCUCUGCUGCAGAGCACUUCUCCAUGCUCAGGGCAUCCCGCAACAAGCUGGGGGUGUCCUUCAGCGGCUCCCCACCCACACCUUUGCCAGGUCAGACCACCAUUCAGGUGAGAGUGCCAUACCGUGUUGUGGGGCUGGUAGUGGGGCCUAAAGGCUCCACCAUCAAACGCAUCCAGCAGCAAACCUGUACCUACAUCGUCACUCCCAGUCGAGACCGCGACCCUGUCUUUGAAAUCACAGGGUCACCGAGCAACGCCGAGCGAGCCCGCGAGGAGAUCGAAGCACACAUCGCCUUCCGAACGGGAGGCCUGCACGACCACAAUAAUGAGAAUGACUGUAUGGGGCCGAAUGGUGGAAGCAGCCCAGUGGGCAGCAGUGGUGGUCUAGAGAGCCGGCUACAGCAGGUGUGGGGGCUGCAGGGGGGCCAGCGCAAGCCUCUCACCAGCAGCUACCGCCAGAACUUCUCAGAUGCCAUGGUUGGAGGGGGAGGGGGAAGUGACGGAGGGGGAAUCUACAACAAGGGCAACUUCAACAGCUCUGGAGAGAAGCCAUGCUCUUAUUUUGGAUCGGAGGGGACCCAGAGCUGGGGCGACCCAGACUACCCCAAACAGGUGGCCUUCUACGCCCAGCAGCGUUCCAAGAGCUUCGGAGGCCUCCCACUCCCCCUGACCAGACUCUCCCCCGGCCUAACCGAGUCUUGUGGAGAUGGGAGCACCAACAACUCUUCAGUCACCAGCAUUGUGCCCAUAGCCAGCUCACCUCACGCCCAGGCCCGCCGCGCCCACAGUGAACCCACCUCAGCCGGCGAGGGCUUCCCAGGCCGUCUGCCAGUUCCGGACUCACCACCGGCCACUGUGCGGGACUGCAUGACCUGCUUUGAGAGCAAAGUGACGGCUGCCUUGGUGCCCUGUGGCCAUAACCUCUUCUGCAUGGAGUGCGCCAUCCGAAUCUGUGAGCUCAACCACCCGGAGUGCCCAGUGUGCCACACCCAGGUCACACAGGCCAUCCGAAUAUUCUCUUAAGGAACCACAUCAGUUUUUAUUCAUUAGUUUUGUCAGUGUUUGUUCAAUAAUUAUUUACUGUUAUAAUGAUUAUUAUUAUGAUACACAUUUUUGUUUUUCAGAAAAUUUAAAAACAAUCAAGCAGAUAUUUUAGAAGGCACUGCUUGCUUUACUAAAAAGUAUGAGAAAUAUUUUUAAGUUUUUCUUUUAUAUAUAUAUGCAUAUAUAUUUUAUAAAAGUUUUGUUUAUAAGAGAAGUAUAGUACCCUGCAUUUUCAGUUUUUUGACUGCUGCUGUUUUUCAUUCAUGAAUCACAGAGUAGGCAGAGGUAGUAAUGUGAACAUUUUAUUAUUGAAAUUUUUAUUUUAUCAUGAAGUUGGUUUAUACUGAAGAAAGAAGAUGAUUGUUAGGGUACCCAAUCUGCACCUGACUGACCUAGAAAGUCAAUGUUGUUAUUAGAAGGGAGAGAGAAAAAAAUAGUUUUCAUUGCACCUUACAAUCAUCUUGGUCUAAAAUAGGAUUGUCAAUCAUACCUUGAAAUUUCAGGAGCUGAUGUGAAGGUGAACUCAGCCUUUUCAGUUGACUGUGAUUGUGGUUUGAUAUAAUUGGUUCAAAGCAGAUAUUAAUUUCAUCAAAAUGAAAAUGUGAAAUAAAUUGGUUCUAGCUGAAGCAUUGUAAUCUUUACGAGAAAACAAAAAACACCCCUUAUUUCAUUCUAAUAACUUCUAUAGUCUUAUAGACCAGAUCCAUGCUAAAAAAGAGAUAGAGCAUUACAUCAUUUAUUUAUAGUAAUUAGUUAAAAUUUAUUGGUACCAUUAUUCACAGAGAAGGAUGAAAGCUAUUAGUAAAACUUUUCUGUUCAGCAGCCUUACACCUUGGUCACUGCAGUUUGUUGAAAAGAUUCAGUAAUGGUUGCUCCUCGUGGCACUUGAAAAGCAUGUGGUCCCUCGGUUGGCUUAAAGCACUGAUUUAAUUUGUGAGGCCGAAAGCCUUGGAAUUCAUCCAGUUGGCUAGUUCUCGACAUCUGUCUCCCCGAUGGACUUGUUUCAAAGCCACCUUAACCGCGCUUUAUUGUCUUGCGUGGUCAUUUGGCCACAGCCGCCGAGCGAUAUAGGACAAUGCAGGAGCCCCAGUCAACAAGCGCCUCUCUGAGGCAGUGCGCUGUAAAUAAGGAGGCGAAUUAGGAUGUGGACAGAGGCCGAGCAAAACUGCAAAAUGUUUCCUGAAUCAGCAGCAGAUUAAAACAGUUGACACUGUAAAAUACACAGUCCCAAAUCGGUAAUCCUUCCUUCACGUCGUCAUUAAUAACGGAAUUAUGUGUGCGCUCCGAGGGGCCUGCUGUCUCCCCUGUAAUUAGCAGAGCUGGACAGGAGCAGGUGUUUCGUGGCACAGUGCGGCCGUGACCCCGAAUUGGAAGUCUUGCCUAGCCCCCUUUUCUUUCUGUCUUCUCUUCGGGAGUGGCUUUUAUGUCUCUCCUGCUUACAGUUCGAUCGUUCGCUUUUUGAAGGCCUCGCCAAGUGGGGCGUAUUGUACAGGCCCGGCUGCAGCGUGGGCUGCCGAGCGCUUGGACACGGCCUGGAUCUACUCAUUGAUAAUUAGGCAAAUGGGUUUGGUCCAGGUGCGGACCGCGUGUGGACUCUGGAGCUGUGCGAGGGGGGUACGAGGGGGGUCUCGCAGCGAGCCCCUCACCGCCCCGCCCCACUGUAACAAGCACAGAGGGGGCUGGAUGGUCUGGAUGCAGCUGGGCCAAUGGGACCCCCUCCUCUGCUCUCUCUUGCCCCUUCCUCCCUCCUUUUCCCUCUCCUUUUCUGCUGCUCUGAGCUAUCUCUACUGGGGAGAGGGGGCCUCUUUUGUCCAUAAACACACACACACACACACACACACACACACACACAAACUCUGAAAGACAGUAGCUGAAUUUUUGCAUUGCCUGUGCAAUUGGGGGAGGCUCAGGAGCAAAAUAAAUUAACUAUAGUUAUCAGGACAUACACCAGUUACCUACACACUCACACACAAAACAUGUGAAAUUUGCAUUGGUACUGUUGGUGUGUGUGUCUGCCAGUGCAGAUCGAAGUUUCAAUAAAGGCCCCCCUGACACUCCACCCCAGCCAACCCACCUACCCCACGUCAGCUCGCUACUGUAUGGGACAUCCUGCAGCUGCCCCUUCACUAUAGACACCCGGGCUUCAGCCAAUAGCGGCCCUCGCUUUGAGCUUCCAGAAUGAAAUCAGACAAUUCUAAUUGACAGGAAAGCAGAGGAAACGCCCCAUUUAACCAGCACUCAUGCUGAAUCAAAUUACACACCCUCUGCGUCUGCCUUAGCCCCAGCCUGGGGAUUUCAGAGGGCUAGAGGAGAGGGGAUGGGGGGAAGGGAUUAAAGCUGUUGAAUGGAUUUUUUUUUGGGGGGGGGGGGGGCAGAGAAGUACGUUCCGAGACAGAUGAGACCCCGCAGAGCUAGCAAAUUUUAUUGAUCAUUCAUGUGUUGCAGUUUUGAGUUGUCACGUGGGCCACUAGUGACGACAGGGAACACUUGUGAUUCAACUCGGCUUCUGUCUAAAAAAAAAAAAACAUCAACGACAUUUAAAGCAGGCCACUCGCAUUACACGUGGCCAGCAGCAAAAGCACUGUACUUGCAAAAAGUACCCCCGAAAUCUAUUAGAUGUAGAAAUAAAGAAUUAUGAUUUUUAUGGAUGGAGAAAUUUGGCCGGUUUGGCCUAAGCUUUCAACGUCAAAAUUCAAGGCAGUUGUUGUGACGCUGCACUUCGAACUUAGUAUUUUACGAUUUUUGUUUUCUGCCUUAAUAUUUUUUUAUCUAAAAAUUGUCAUUACUUUUGCAUACAAGGUAGCAACUUUGGCCUUUUGACAGUACCGCCCCCCCAAACGACUUUUGAAGUACUUAUUUUUAGAGGAAAGAAUGUGAAUCAAAAUACUGGGGAAUAGAGGGAUUCAGGAAAUUAGGCCCUUAAAACACUUAACUUAAAAUAUAGGAGUAAAGCACCUUAUUACAAAAAAGAAAAAAAGCGCAUUUGAUUUAUACCAAACCGACCGCUGAUGGUGAAAUAUAUUUCAUAGAAUUUGAAAGACAUGCACGUAAGGAUUCCCUAUCAUUUUCUGUAUUAUGGAGGUUCUUGUUAUUCUUAAUACUACAGUAGUACUAUAGUGGUAAUGUGGGAGACUUCUCGUCCAUUUGGUCAAUGCUGAGGACUUUUGCACUGGUUUAAUGAAGAGAGGGCUUAUUGGCGAUUCUCCCAGUUUGUAUACGCUGUAUAAGUUAAUGAGUAUUGUACUUUAUGGGAAAGCACUCUGAGCAUCUAUGUAAAUACAGUAUGUGUAUCAGUUAUGAACAUCCAAAGGCCCGCUUGAAGUGAGGUUUUGAUUAUUUUUACAGACUGAAAAGAGUCAUUGUCAAUGUUUCUAGCAUAUGGAAUUCAAAAAUGUUUCUGGGUUUUAGGGAGAGCAAAUCUUUAAUAUAUGUGUCCCAUCACCCUUUUGACAAUAAUAGUAUAUUAGAUAGAUCCAUACAUUUUAAGAAAUAUUGUUAUUUAAAACUGAUUAACCUAGUAUUUCAUCCAAAUAUAUAAAUGAGAAAUUAACCAGACACUACUAUAAACUGUAAUAGUGAAUAACCUUUAUCAAGCCGCUGGUGUAUAAAUCCAAUCUCAAAUAAAAAGUCGAAUGAAUAGUAUGUGUAAUAACCUAACCCCUUCAGAUUAAUUUCGUUUCUACGUAUAUUAGGACGAAAAGCAAUAAUAGGACUAUACUGGGACAAUAAACAGGGGAGUCUGCUCAGUUAGUUCUUUCAACAAUGUUUAGAUAUUGACCUUUGUUAUUAGGAUAAUAACCUGCUGCAUUUCUGCCUCAUAUCUGCUUGAAAUUCAUUGUGGAUUGAUGCCAGCGUAGUCACAGAUAUAAUUAAUUAGUUACAGGUUCAGAGUAGGUCAUUGUUCUUGUUGUGCUCGUCAGGGUCUUAGUCAUUUCAUUGCUUAAUUAUUAUUUUAUUUAGGGUUAAGGGUUACAGACUGGGUCAAGACAAACUUAAGGAAUCCUUCUCCUGAUGAAAAUGAUGAAACUGCAGUUAUCUGUGACUUCUCACUGAGGUUUGUCUAGUUUGAAAAAAGAACUAGUAACUUAGCGUCUGACAGACUGAUGUCUUGAAGGCUUUGGUCAUAAAUGUUCAUGCGGCAGUGAGAGGUGGAGGGCAGGGCAACAGGAUGUGACGUACUGCCCCGCUCACUCUUUUUACUCAAGUCAUGCUGCCCACGUGGAGAGCUUUGACCCUUCACACUCGCUACUCUAUGCUCAUUACACAGGGACAGGCGAGUUAUUUAUAGCAUAUCUUAACAUGAGUUCUGUUUACAUUGUGAUAAGUUUCGGAUUUCAGGGCAUCUACUUUUCAUCUGUAUUGUUUCUGGGGGUUGUCUUUUUUUGUGUGGAGAGAAAUAGGUCAGACAUAGCCAAAGAAUAAAUCACAAGGAGAGGACAUGAACUAACUUUUAUCACUCGAGGAAACCUGUUUUAGCAUAAAAAAAAUCAGCGUGGCGUAGAGUUGAUCGAAUUAAGAAAUUAUUACUCUUGUUUACCCACAAGUCUUAGAGGCCAUUCAGUCGAUAUCUGUAAAAUGAAGGCAUAUCAUGUUUCAGUGUUGUAAGAUUAGUUUAAUACUACAGAGGCGCCGGUAACAGACUAACUUCUCCCAAAGAGACCCGCUUACAGCACAUCCUGGCACUUACAGUCCUUUGAGUAGUUUUCUAUUGCUCUGGUUUUAUUGUUGGGGGGGCGUCUAGGGAAUCUUUUAGUCUUUCUGAAACACUUGACUAAGCUAAGAGAAGUUGAGAUUUUUUUUAAAAGCAACUGCCCAGUAAAGAAAUCGAAUGAGAAGGACAAUGACAAGCCAGUAAAAACAAAAAUGAAAAUCAGGAGGAAUUCCUCAUUUUUAAGACCCUCAGAUUAAACGGUAAGGGGAUAACCCCCUGGAUGUAAACAAGGUGACAGGGAUAUUUGUGAGUGAACAAAACAAACACUGUGGUUUUAGUUUUAAAAAAUCGCAUAGAGAGACAUUAAACUGUAUCCUUGAGUUUAACUGCAUGUUAGUGAAAUAUAGUACAGUAGGUAAGAUUUAUCAGGAAAUUACAAAAAAAAAAGAUAAGAUCACAUAAGGAAAUCAUCCGCCUGAUACCUGAAGUGUAUAAAAAGCUUUAAGACCUUAAAGUUAACAACGGUUUCAAAUCGUAUAUUUACCGUGUAAUCUAACUAAUUGAUACAUAAAUUUUAAUUAUAAUUCUUAAGAAAAAUGCUACGGUGUAAGUUUCAUUUGUCCGACUCGCCCAGUAUGAAAUACUUUUUAAUGACAUGGAGCGACAAAGGGGGGAAGGGUGACACACAGUGACACUUGAUUCAUUAAGUUCUUGUUAGUAUUAUUUACAAUAUUGUAUUAAGCUUACUAUUAUAGUAAUGGUAGAAACUGUUGAUGUUUUUCUUCUCUUGAUAUGAAAAGGUCUUUAUGCAUUUGUGUAGAAUCCCUUUUUGAGGAGUGAUAGGAAAUCCUUAUUUUCAAUGGAUGCACUUAAGCAAUUGUACCAACCUGUUGAAAUCACACAUUGAGCAAGUAAUGCAUUUGAAUGUAAAAAAGUAAAAAAAAAAGAAAAAAAAAAGACCACUCAACUUAAUGCACUCCUUACGCUUAUUGUUUUGUCAAUUUACAUGUGAGCUUUAAGUUUUUGUUUAUUUUCUUAUUCCUUUUUUGGGGGAGAAAGAAAUUGCAACAGGUUUUCAAUGUAGACUAUAUUUGAGUUCUUCCACAUACAUUUAUAGAAAGUAACCUAAAAAAAAAAGCAUAUUACAGUUUCUCGAAUCUAUUUUGCUAACAUGGGUUAUUAUUUCAUAGAAAGCAGAGGAAAGAAAAAAAAGUCAGUAUCUGGAUGUUAUUUAUGAAAAGUUAAAAAUAAAAAUAAUGAAGCAACAUAUUUAUGAGUAACCUCAAGACAUUUUGUUUUUUAAUUAAAAUGACAAGAAGUUAAUAUAUUUCUAAACACAGGGCAGUCAGUUUCUACUAAUAAGUAAAAUGAGAAAAAGAAGUUUAGAAGUUUUAUUUAUGGAAGUUACGGAUGCUUGUGUUGUCCACACGCUUCGUUGUAAAAUGAAGUCGAUGGAGCGGGAGUUUCCCCAUGGCUUAAAUUUUGACUUCAGACGUGCUAACUUCAACACCAGUGCGUUCACAAUGGAAUGAUGACAGAAAAUAAUAUAAUAUUUUUUAGAAUUUGGAGAUAUUUUAGUCACAGAGCAUCAAUUUUGUGCCUCAAUUAUAUAUAUAUAUAUUUUUCCCUGCAUCAGCAUUCAUUGUGCAGUGCUGCUUGCUGUAACCCCCUUUCUCCCCUUCAACGAACCCCAUGUUACUGACUUGACACACAUUACUCAUUUCCUCUGUAAUCUAAACUCGCUUUUACUUAUCAGACGGGACAAAAACAUGUUACAACUGCGGCGCUUGGGAUGAACGAGGCGGCUGUGACCCUUUCGCCAGUAGGGCCACUGUUAACUUGUACACACUUUCAUUCAUACAUUUUCAACGUCUACUACUCAGACAGUUUGUGAUCGAUGGCAAAGCAGAGCGUAAUCGGCUCAAACAAAGUCUUUUACGGGAGACUUUCCCUAAUGUGUUAAUUAAGAAGGAGCGGAGGCAUCUAGGAGCGGACUGUGUAGUAGAUCUAUGUAGCUAGACGCACACAUAUACACACAACAGAUUCAUUACCGUACUAGGUUGCAUGUAUGUUGUAUGGUCACUUAGAAAUUGGGGAAACGGCACAGGUCCUACAUUAAAUAACGCCGGCGCACUUGGGCCGUUUCUCCUCCGUAGAGUUUCAUAGUUGGUAUCUCUUUGGAAAGUUGACACGGGUUUGCAGCCACGUGAUUACGACCGUUUCAGUCCCCAACGGAAAAAAAGUUGGAUUUUGUACUCUGUUACCGGUUAGUGAUGAAAGACUGUUCGCAACCUCAUAUUGAAUUGACUUGAAGUGAACUCGGCUUGUGCACGAGCUGAAGGGGUUUAAAGAAAACUUGACAAAAAAAACACUAGAAGUGCACAUUGUUCUGCCGCACAUAAAGGAUUCGGGACUGAAGCGGUGCUUCGCUGGUGAAGCUCGCAACCUUUUCCAAAGAGGCCAAUAGAGUCUGACAGUUUGUCUUUGGUAGCGUUUCCAAUUUUUCCAGCACAGUAGAGUUGUUUCAUACCGGUCUAAUAGUGGUCGUAGUGCAUUAGUUUUUGGGCCAGCAUCACCUGGCAUUAGUUUCUCUGUGAACAGUGAAAGAGGGUUGCCACUGUGACCCUCCGUGGCUGACCGUCAACUUUGAUGGAUGGGAAAAAGAAAAAAAAAAAAAGACGACAAAGUCUUUGAACUCUGUUACAGUGUGCCGUGCCCUUACAAGGCAUGUGAUAAUUGCAGGUUUAUUUCUUAUAGCACAUGUUUUUUUUGUGAAUUACAUGAUUUUUUGGAGACAUUUUUAUUAUUAUUAUUAUUAUUAUUGUAUCUGCGCCAUGCUAGUUCUGGUUCUUUGUUAUUUUUCCAAGAUUCAAGAUGUAUUGUAAAUGUUUCUAAUAAAACAAAAAUGAAAUGA